AUGGCCACGGUGAACCGUCGCCCUCGCGUGUUCUUCGACAUCACCAUCAACGAUGCACCGGUGGGGCGGAUCGUGAUGGAGCUGUAUUCAGACGUGGUGCCGAAGACGGCCGGGAACUGCCGGGCGUUGUGCACCGGGAAGAGGGGCGUGGAGCGCUCCGGGAAGCCGCUGCACUACAAGGGGACGAGCUUCCUCCGGGUGACCCCGGGCUUCAUGUGCCAGGGCCGCGACGUCGCCCACAACGACGGCACGGGAAUGGAGUCGAUCUACGGCGGCGAACGGGGGCCGGGACAUGAACGGAUCGUAGAGAAGGCGCCGUGGCUGGACGGCGAGCAGGUGGUCUUCGGCCGCGUGGUGGCGGGGAUGACGGUGGUGAAGGCGAUCGACUUUAUGGGCUCCAUGAGCGGCGAGACCAAGACGGACGUCCUCAUCGCCGACUGCGGCCAGCUCUCUUAG